GUAUAGCUGCUCGACAAUGGCGGUGCGCGUGCGGCGCUGGAGCGACGUGGAGGCGCGGCAGCGGCCGCUGCACCGCGCGGCGUACGCGAACAGCACCCCGAGCCCCGCGCCCGUGGCGCCCGCGUCGGCCGAGCCGGCGCCGACCGCCGACAGCGCCAAGAACGUGCCGCUGGCCGUGAUGGAGGACGCCCCCGAGUGCGUCAUCUGCCUGGACGAGCUGGCGCUGGGGCGCGCGCUGUUCACGGCCGAGUGCGGCCACCGCUUCCACUUCAGCUGCCUGCUGGAGAACGUCAACCACGACGAGGCCAACUCGGACAAGUGCCCGAUCUGCCGCAAGGCGCAGACGCAGUGGCCCGAGCAGACCGAGGGGCUGGUCAAGGCCCACCCGUACUGUACAAAUUGCGGCAAGCGAGGCUCAGGAGGACAGUUUUGCGACGGAUGUGGGCAAUCUUUGGCUCAUACCCCCACAGCGCAGGAGCGCGCGCGGGCGGCGGCGGCAGCGGCGGCCGCUCGCAGCAACGUGGUGGUGGAGUGCCCCACGUGCCGCAUCCGCUGCCUGGUGAGCACGACGGCGCGCGGCACGCUGCAGUGUCCCAAUGGCCACCUGUUCCAACUACGCAUGCCCCCGAGCAUGGGCAACUCGCAGGGACUGCGGCAGAGCUUCAACGGGGCAGGGCCCAUGACGUCCGGGCCCAGACCCAUCAUGCGCCAAUGCCCCACGUGCUACACGCGUGUGCAAAUGCCCCCAGGCAGCCAGGCCGGGCAGUACAUGUGUCCCCAUGGACACACCUUCUACUUUUCCCCGUUCCAAUAG